AGACACACAGGACCCAGACUGCUCCGCUCACCUCCUGGCAGUCUGCAUGGCACCGGCAGCUGAUCUACUUCCUGGAUCAUGUCUGCACUACUCCUGAGUGACUCUGUAUCCCUGGACAAAGCCCAGACCGAGGAGGAGGAUGUCAGCUUCCUGCUGGUGGAUGAAGGAGAGAACCUGCAGGUACGAGAUGCGUCCGAGUUUCAGGCCAAGCUCGGCUGCAGCGACCAGAAACCAGUCAAAGUUCUGUGCAUUUUUGGUAACACUGGGGAUGGUAAAUCACAUACACUAAAUGAAACGUUUUUUGGGGGUAUCGAGGUCUUUAAAACCUGUCCAUCUCAGGAGUCUUGCACAAUGGGUGUUUGGGCCGCCUACGACCCGUCACUGUCUCUUGUUGUCCUGGACACAGAGGGGCUUUUAGGAGCCACAGACAAGCAGAAUCAAAGGAUGCGCCUUCUUCUGAAGAUUCUGGCCGUGUCGGACUUGGUGGUGUAUAGGACGCGUGCAGAGAGGCUUCACAAUGAUAUGUUCAAUUUCCUGGGGAAUGCCUCUAAUGCCUAUUUGAGGUUUUUCACCCCUGAGCUGAAGGCCUUGUCUAGUCGAUGUGGACUGGAAGUAACGCUCUCCAGCUUGGGACCAUCCAUGAUCAUCUUCCACGAAACCUCACGGACAGACAUUCUGGGCCAUGGCAGUAAAAUACCCGGCCAGGCAGAAGUCGAACUCCAGAAGCGAUUCCAUGACCUGGGGACCCCUCCAGAAGCCUUCAGCUCAAUCUGCUACGUGGGGGUGAAAACAGUAAUCCCACCCACGGAUUUCUCUCACUUACAGAAAGUGGUGAAGAAACAGGUGAUGGACACGUCUACGAGAUCGUCGCGGCCACUCUCCCAUGUGUUUAGCGCUCUGCAGAGGCUGAGCGAGAGAUUCUCUGACAACAUCCGUGAGGAUCAGAUUCAUGUGACAUCCUUCUUCCCAGAUGAGUAUUUUACAUGCUCCCUGCGGUGCCUUAGCUGCAGAUCACGCUGUAAGAACCGAAUGAACCAUUUGAAGGAUGGGGUACCCCACCAGGCAGAGGGUUUGUGCCAGUUUGCCCACGAGUAUAGCAAUAAAGUGUAUAUUUGUAGGAGGUGCUACGAGGAAGGCCGAGAGGUGAUUGUGAUACCACAAACCGUGGCUACAACAGACAGUCCGUGGCUGGGUUUAGCAAAGUACGCUUGGUCUGGGUACAUCUUGGAAUGCAGAGUGUGCGGCAUUAUCUACCGGAGCAGGCAGUACUGGUACGGCAACAAAGAUCCCGACGGAUCCGUUGUGCGACAGGAAGUUCGGCACAUCUGGUCUGAGGGUGACGCUCUCUCUGUGGAUCAACACAAUGCAGCUCAGAGAUUGCUGGACGGGGUUAAUGUUGUCAUCCAGUCUGUGACUGAUUACAGCUCCGGACCGAAAAGCAUGAUGACUGCUUGGCUGACUGACCGCGUGGCCCCCACCUACUGGAGACCAAAUGCUGAAAUUACGGAUUGUCACGGCUGCCAGAGACCCUUUGAAUUGGCCGAACGUAAGCAUCACUGCCGGGCCUGCGGAGAGGGCUUCUGCUACGACUGUUCCAACCAUACCAUGCCUGUUCCUGAGAGGGGCUGGGGUCAGGCUCCUGUGCGAGUGUGUAACAAAUGCCACAGCGCAGGAAUCUCAAAAGGUACGGCAGUGUCUACGGAUGAAGGGAGCAGCUUGUUACCUCGGAGGGUGACAGAGAUCGCCCAGAUCUCACUGGACAAGGCGUCUUCCAUCUUGGAUUAUCCCCUGGGUUUUGUGAAAGAAGCGGCACGUCCCAGCUACUGGGUGUCAGACCAAGAAAUAAUCAGCUGCCACGGAUGCCAAAAGCCUUUUACCCCCAAGAUGUCCAAACAUCACUGCAGGGCUUGUGGCCGAGGAUUCUGUGAAUUGUGCUCCAGGAGCAGGCGGGCAGUGCCCUCCCGUGGGUGGCAUCACCCGGUCAGAGUCUGUGAUACAUGCAACCGAAAAAAAGAGGAUCUGUAAGGGAGAUGGUUGCUUUCUGCUCAGACCCACUAAACCCAUAGCAUCUGGCCCAUCUCCUGCAUUGCCUGUUAGAGGCUUUAGCAUAAAUACGACUUAUCCAUCCUGGCUGAUGGAGAAAUAGUUAUGAUCAGUGUAAACAUUACCCUUUGCAAUUUUUUGCUGCGGUAACUGGAAGGGGUAGGAUUAUACUCUAAGCUUUAAUUCCUCCAAAAAUGUAUCUUUUAUCUCAUACAGCAACUGAGGGGCUCCUGUUAGGAGUCUUAAAGACCAAUCACUUCACAUAAGUUACGUACUCAGGAAGCAAAAAGAGUUUCAGCAAGUAGCCUUCGAGUGUUCCUUCAAUGGGACCAUCAUUCAUUUUUAGUACAAAAAGAUUUGUUCGCUUAAUAUAAAUCACAAUUCCCCUUUUCCUUUCACUCACACCGUUUAACUGUCCAAUCAAUAUGCAACACACUCCCUAUGUCUGUGAAGAGACAGCAGUAUCUAGCAUUUCAACACAUGUGUUUAUAUCUGAAGUCGAGGUUUGUAAAUUGUCCUGUAUGGCGAUGGUAAGUGCCCACUUUGCAUCCUAAGCCUCCUGCUAACUGACCGCUCAGGAAUUACAAUUUUAUAUAUAUAUAUAUGUGUAUAUAUAUUGCUGUAAGGCGCUAAUACAGUCUCUGCAAUGCAACCCGAUCUUCCUCCAAUAGUUAUCAAUCCUGGUGGUUUUUGUCCGAUCCGUUACGUCUCCGAGAGAAGCAUUGAGGUGGAAAUUGCGGCAGUCCCAAUCAAUACUUCUCUAAGAGAAUCACUGACUGUACACCGUGUCUGGCUGGCCCUCAGUAGUUGAAUCUAAAUUUGUCUGAAGCCCCUACUGCAAAUCACUAGAGGUGUGGAACCUGCAGCAUGUAAACUAUGCUGUGUCUCAGAAAUAUCUUUUUAUUAGUCGUACUGCAUUAGGAUGAUGUGACUUUGGUGCUUAGACUCCCUUUAACUUAUUUCUAAUGAAGAUAGCAUGGAAAUUUGCAAUCAAACAUAUUUUAUCUCAAUAAAGAAAUUUUAUAGACCAAUGUCCUAACCACAUUGCACAGCUAUCAUUUCAUGAUAAAAGCAUUUCUUGUUUGGGUUUUUUAACCCACUGGUCGUUGUCAUUUACGAAGACUUAGAAACAGAACUUGGAUCACAAACAAUCCAAAAUGUUUUGCAAAUGUGUUAUAACUUCAACUUGCUGCAUUGGGCAAUACAUUAUAAUGGGUUAAGUCAAAUUAAGUUAAUUUGAUCAUUGGGGAUAUUGGAGAAAUAUUGUCUUUCACAGAAAAGGUUACGUCUCCAGAAUCCCAUGUUAAAGGGAAGCAGCACUCUUAUUUUGUGUAAUGAUUAGUAUUGUAUAUGAACUGUAUAUAACGUCCUUUUUUAUGUUAUUCUAUAAUAUGUCUUUCCACAA